AGGCAGCCGCUCCGUCUGAAUGGAAAAGGCAGGCAGGGAGGGUGAGUCAGGAUGUGUCAGGCCGCCCUCCCCUGCCGCCUGCCCCCCGCCCGCCCGCCCCAGCCCCCUAUAUAACCCCCCAGGCGUCCACACUCCCUCACUGCCGCGGCCCUGCUGCUCAGGGCACAUGCCUCCCCUCCCCAGGCCGCGGCCCAGCUGACCCUCGGGGCUCCCCCGGCAGCGGACAGGGAAGGGUUAAAGGCCCCCGGCUCCCUGCCCCCUGCCCUGGGGAACCCCUGGCCCUGUGGGGACAUGAACUGUGUUUGCCGCCUGGUCCUGGUCGUGCUGAGCCUGUGGCCAGAUACAACUGUCGCCCCUGGGCCACCACCUGGCCCCCCUCGAGUUUCCCCAGACCCUCGGGCCGAGCUGGACAGCACCGUGCUCCUGACCCGCUCUCUCCUGGCGGACACGCGGCAGCUGGCUGCACAGCUGAGGGACAAAUUCCCAGCUGACGGGGACCACAACCUGGAUUCCCUGCCCACCCUGGCCAUGAGUGCGGGGGCACUGGGAGCUCUACAGCUUCCGGGUGUGCUGACAAGGCUGCGAGCGGACCUACUGUCCUACCUGCGGCACGUGCAGUGGCUGCGCCGGGCAGGUGGCUCUUCCCUGAAGACCCUGGAGCCCGAGCUGGGCACCCUGCAGGCCCGGCUGGACCGGCUGCUGCGCCGGCUGCAGCUCCUGAUGUCCCGCCUGGCCCUGCCCCAGCCACCCCCGGACCCGCCGGCGCCCCCGCUGGCGCCCCCCUCCUCAGCCUGGGGGGGCAUCAGGGCCGCCCACGCCAUCCUGGGGGGGCUGCACCUGACACUUGACUGGGCCGUGAGGGGACUGCUGCUGCUGAAGACUCGGCUGUGACCUGGGGCCCAAAGCCACCACCGUCCUUCCAAAGCCAGAUCUUAUUUAUUUAUUUAUUUCAGUACUGGGGGCGAAACAGCCAGGUGAUCCCCCCGCCAUUAUCUCCCCCUAGUUAGAGACAGUCCUUCCGUGAGGCCUGGGGGGCAUCUGUGCCUUAUUUAUACUUAUUUAUUUCAGGAGCAGGGGUGGGAGGCAGGUGGACUCCUGGGUCCCCGAGGAGGAGGGGACUGGGGUCCCGGAUUCUUGGGUCUCCAAGAAGUCUGUCCACAGACUUCUGCCCUGGCUCCUCCCCAUCUAGGCCUGGGCAGGAAUAUAUAUUAUUUAUUUAAGCAAUUACUUUUCAUGUUGGGGUGGGGAGGGAGGGGAAAGGGAAGCCUGGGUUUUUGUACAAAAAUGUGAGAAAUCUUUGUGAGACAGAGAACAGGGAAUUAAAUGUGUCAUACAUA